GCAGCUUCGACAUGGCGUCUCGCAAGCGGCGCCGGGAUGUGUUUGAGGGCGGAGUGGGCGAGUUUGAGGAUGCGGGAGGACAGAAGCGGCGGAUGCUGUUCAAGCGGACCGAGAACAUCACCAAGCAGUUCUCCAAGCUGUGUGAAAAGUUUAUCAAGCACCGGGCAGAGGUGGCGAUGUUUGUCUCCAAGGAGGAAGUGCUGAGUAACCUGAGGCCGUUAGUGGAGGGCCACCCGCGGUGGGAGUGGUUUCUGGGCGACGAGUCGACGGCGCUCUUCCGUGACGUCGAUGAGGUUGUUCGCAAGUUUAUCAACGUCCUCACGCCCAUGGCAACUGUAGAGGAGAAGGCGUUGAAGGAUGGCUCGGCUCGCCGGGCGUCGGAUCACCCGCGCUCGCCCAUUGCGAUGCUCACCGCGUGGCGCAAGAACGUGGGAUCGGCCAAGCAGCGCAAGGCCGCGCGCGCCCGCGAGCGCCGCUUCCUGGCCAAGAUCCGCAAGAUCCGCGCCGAGGCCGAAGAGGCCGGCGACGACGCCGAUGAAGCCGAGGCUGCCUUCCGCGCCGCCAUCGAGGCGGGGCCGUCUGCCGAUGCCAGUGGCGCCGGCAAGGGUGAUGCCAAGUCCAAGGAGAAGAAGGACAAGAAGAAGGACAAGAAGAAGAAGAAGAAGAAGAAGAAGCAGAAGAAGAAGAGCAAGAAGAAGAGUAAGAGCAAGAGCAAGAGCAAGAGCAAGAGCAAGGCCAAGGCCAAGGCCAAGGACAGCGGCUCAGCAUCAGAGUAAAAAGCAGCAGAGUG